AGCUCUGAGACCUGGACCAAUCCAAGGCAGCAUUCUAAUGUGGCCUAUCUUUAUCAAGGAGCUACUCCACUUCAACAUACUUCUUAUUUAGGACCCCCGAGGAGGAGAGCAAGAAGGAGAUAUUUGUCUUAGAGGAGCAACUGUGAACAUUGUUUCUCAAGUGACACCUGAUGCUGAGUUUGGAAUUACCAUGUACAUUACAAUGGCACAAAGCAGGUGAAGAAAGAGUGAAGAGGUUUUAUGCUGGCACCUGCCCUUUGCUAUCACCAGGUAGAGAGACACCUUUGCAGAUAUCAGUGACCUGGAGUAAUCUGGUCCUCACUCAGAGGACAUUGGCAUCAGCGUCAUAGCUCUUCAUUUGAACACCAAUCGACUGGAUUAUGAAUAUAGGAACCCAAUCAACAAACCCAUAUUCUCAGUCUUUGUGAAAAGGGCGACCGUGAGCGUUUGUGGGCCGCAGCGGGGUCUUUUUAUGACUGGACAUUGUUUGGUGAGUGGGUGAAAUCUGGUGGUGGAGGCACUUCCCAUGGAUCCCAACAUACCGGGGUCUUUCCUGUUCAACAACAGCCUGAACCAGUUCUCAUCCGACCUAAAAGCACCUGUGUGUCAGUACUCAGUGCCCAACUCUUUCUAUAAGCUUAACCCCGGCCUGAACAGCCAGCUGCAGGCAGCGGGCACACCCCACGGCAUCAGUGACAUUCUCAGCCGGUCCAUGAUGGGCGCUACCGGCCCCCACUAACCUGCUCUCAGGGAUACUCCACCAUGGGGGGGCUUCGGCACAGUGGCUGCCCCAGGGGUCUACUACAACCGUGCCGACUACAACCCCUCUCUGGGUGGCUUCACCAAGCCUGGCACCGAGUGCCAUAUUAAGGGUGGCAGUGGCAGCUGCUGGGCUGAGAGCGGGUACGAGUGGAGAGGAGGGAGGCAGCAGUGCAAUAACAACAGUGGGCAUCUAGGGGAUUUGUCAGGGAGGAAGAAACACACCAGACCUACAUUCAGUGGACAUCAGAUAUUUGUACUAGAAAAAACCUUUGAACAGACCAAGUACUUGGCCGGGCCAGAGAGAGCUAGACUGGCUUACUCCCUGGGCAUGACAGAGUCACAAGUCAAGGUGUGGUUCCAGAACCGCCGCACCAAGUGGAGGAAGAAGACUGCUUCUGAGCCCAGCUCCACCCAGGCCCUACGUGGCGAGCAGGGAGAAGAGGCGUCGGAGAACGAGGUGGAGGAUGAGGAGUACAACAAGCCCCUGGAUCCCGACUCAGAUGAUGAGAAGAUACGACUGCUGCUGCGCAAACACCACCGAGCGUUCUCCGUACUACGCCUCGGUCCGCACCACGUCUGAGACCGCGCGCGCGCGCUCACACGCAUGAAAACACACACGUACAAACAUACACAACAAAUCCUUAAACAAAUCCUUUUGUAGUACAGACCAGGUAUGUAAUAUUCAAGCAUGUAAAACAAAUGGC